AGCAGCCAAAGCCUGUCCAUAAACUCCAGCCUCUUCCUCCCUCCAUCUGGCAGUGCGUACAGGAGAGAGAGGAGGGCGAGAGAGAGUGAGAGAGAGAGAACAGCGUGUGUGCGUCCACAGGGUUUCGAAUAACAGGCAGCUCCAGCAUCCCUCUCUCAGACAGAGUCUGUCGUCACGGGCGACAGGAGGCGUCUCAUCCGCUGUAGAGACGGAGCGUCGGCAGCCGGUGGUCGCCGCAGCAACAAGAGCAUCCGAGGAGUUCCUGGACUGUGGCUGGGAAGGCUGCCUGCUCGGCUGGGGGCUCGGAGAGGGAACGCGGGGCCAAUCUCCUCCCUCGCACCUCCUCUGCCGCUUCACUUUGUCAGUGAAGGACAGCUGUGGGCGAGUGUGAAUGAACGGACAGGGCUAGGGAUAAAAGAGUGGAAUCAGUGGGUUUGUGUGUGUGGGAAAGUGUGAGUUGGUAUGUUUCUGUAUGAUGGUGAGUGACGCGGGUACUAAGCGCACAGGAUGAUCUAAGCUCAGCCGAGCUGUAAACUGUUUUCCCUUCAGCUCUGUUGGGAAAAGAGAAGAAGCAAACCAGCACAUUGUUUCUACUACUGACCAGAGGAGAGGUGAGAGAGAGAACUCUGUGUUAUAAAGUAUUCCCACUGAGGCUGAUACAAUUACAUUUGGUGUCGCGUGAUAUUUUCUAGUGCCACUUAUUGGCAGCAACGAUUUUGGAGGGUCAAAUUCUGCUCUUUUAAUUUCUUCCCUUAUUCCCCGGAGCAAGAGACGUGGAAUUUACCUCCUCGUGACUUCUGAAGAGCGCACAGCUAUUACGAAGUCAUACCUUCUGGAUUUCACACAUCUUUAAAGGGAACUAGAUUGAGAUGCGAUGCCUGUCAACCGUUGCUGCAGAAUUUGGAAAGAAAUGACCAGAAGUAAAGCAUUCGGUUUAGAAAUCAAGGAUGUGCAAUUUAAUCUGACUUAAUUCCCUGCAAGGAAUGUAUCACAACACAUUAUCCAGUGCUGGGAAGAGGAAAGCUGGAAUGUUUGGACUUUUCAUUUAGAAAAACAUUAUCUACCCAAAACGUCUCAGAUUUUAAAAAGAGGUGUUCUUGUUCAGUAUUCAAACACUGAAUGUGUUGCAAUGUUGGGAGUUUUCUUUUUCCACCUGGAUUGGAUUUUACGAUAGUUCAGAAUGAGGAUCUGUCUCUCUAUUGCACCAUGCACAAAUGAAUGCAAUCCUCCACAUGUCUACAUGGAAGAGAUUUCUGCUUCAUAGACAACAGCUUUCAGUCCCAGAUUACCCCUAAGGACCCAUACUGCCCCACACAUAUUCACAGAUACAAUGAAAUGAACCACCGCAUCGUGCGCAUUUUGUUUAUUUUCCCCGGAGUUUGGUGUGUGUUUCUUGGAUAUAAGAGCCUAAUCGUCCUUCAAUGAUUCCAGCACCUUCUGUUUCAACCACAUCCUCGAGAUGCCCCGCGGUACACAGCAAGAGGAGGCUUGACCCCAGACCCAGCGAGGUCUCUCGGCUGCCCAGGCGUUUUUAAGAUGUUGAACCCUCCCUGCGCGGCCCGAGCCCCAGAUCGGAUCAGUAGCACUGCGGCUCCCGGUGGCCCCAGACAUGGAUCGUGGCUCGGCUUGCCCCUGCCCUCAGCGCUCCGCAACCCGGCCCGUGAGCAGCCUUUGAAGGAUGUCCCAGAGCGGAGCUCCGGCCCGGGAACCCUCUGAGACCCCCAGUCAGAGAGAACAGAUCCGCAGCCACAUGAAGAUGGUGAUCGAGCGGUUGGAAGGAAUUCUCAAAGAGCUGAAAGAUGUGGCGCACGAACUGCGGGAGGUGGUGGGUCAGAUUGACAAACUCACGUCGGAUCUCGACUUUGAUCUGGAUCCGGACGAUUGGACAGUUGCUACAGCGAGCAGCACUUCCAGUAGUGAGCGAGGUCUGGGCGAGGCCUUCAGGUUGGACUUCCUCAGCCAGGACAUGCUCUCUGACAGCUGGGAAUUCUGCAACUUCCUGGAGGUCUCUAAUGCUGCAAAUCGGAAAGCACACAGGGACGAGGUGGACGAAAGCCGAGAAAGACCUUCGUCAACCCCGCCUACGCCUGCCACCGCCAGCGUCUAUUCGCAGAUGAACGGGGGUCUCCCCGUCCCUAACGGACCAUUAAUAAUCACCCCGGAUUCUUCCAGCGAAGAAGCAUCCAGCUCUACGUACAGUCAAAAAACCUCUCGAACCUCGGGGACGAGAGAGAGGGUCCGCUUCAGUGACAAGAUCCUCUACCACGCAUUGUGCUGUGACGACGACGAAGAUGAGGAAGAGGACGGCGGGGAGGACGAAGAUAAAGGGGACUGCGGGACCCCGGACACGGACAGUGAACCCAGCCCUUUGGCUUGUUCACCCACGCCCCCUCUGUCCUCCUCCGAUCACCCGUCUGGCCUUUAUAACUGUCGAGAAACGGCUUCCGCUGGCCCCUCACCUGUAAAGGUCGCAGUUGUGGGGUCUCACACAUUACCCAGGAAAGGUCUUCUUUACCCAGGCUGCCGGAAAAAACUGCUGCGAAACAGCAGCACGCAAACAGUAUCGGAUAAAAGCACUCAAACUGUAUUGCCCUACGUCCCCGCCAAACAGAAAACCAAGGACCUCUGAGAUAACGCCCAACUUUAAAUAUAAAAAAAGAAUAAACUGAGGAAAUAUUACAAAGAACUCUAUACUAUUUAAUAUGAAAUACAUAGAUAAUAGAUUAAAAACUAAAAAACAAUAAAUAAAUUACUAAAUAAAUGAUAUAUGGGAAAAUUUCAAGACUUGCUAAGAUCGUUUUUAUGACUUGGAUAUUUGUUGCACAUAUUCAAAAGAGAGGAAUGCAGUUUGUUUUUGUAAGGUCUUCUAGGAAUUUUCACCCCUUCACGUCUUUCCCUAUUGUUAGGAGCAGCGUUUAAAAGGGGUUGUGCAAUUUCAGAUUUAUUGAUAAAGAGCUCUUUAAUAACUCCAUGACAUCAACUAUUUAAAUUGUGUAGUUUUUUUUAGCUUAUUUUAAAGAUAUAAAUUUUUUUCCAGGUAACAGACCAAAAAAAUUGAUGCAUCAUCAUGCACUUCAUAGAUUUUUGACCAAUUCAAUGAUCUCUCGAAUGAGAUAUGUCCCUCCUCGUAAUACAACCAGCUAGCAAGUAACAAAGCAAAUACAAUGUUUCCUAAAGCCUAUUGGCUAUUCACGAAAUAAGACUUGGCCUUUUGAUUGAUAGGGUCUUAAAGUGUGCAUUCUCAACACAAUCUCACGACAAAAACGUAACUAUUUUACGAGGAGGUGUAUUUUGGCUAAUUUGUAUGAACUUGUACAAUCUCGUUUGUACUUCUUAGUUUGAUUUGCUUUCACGCCAGUGAUGUUAGGGGUGGGGCUUCAGUAUUGCUUUUUUUCUAGUCAUCAUACAUUUUUGUACAAUUCACAACGCACAAGUUCAUACGAAGAAGCCACCGUGUAAAAUAAUUCAGAAUUCCUGUGAGAUCAGGUCAAAAAGGGAUAAACCCAGAAAAUGGUUUAUAUUUUACCCAACAACAGGUUAAACACCAUUUUAGGUUAAAAGAACUCGGCAUAGGAUAAUUUACAACCCAACAAAUGGGUUUGGCCCUUUCCGACCCAACGCUGGGUUGAAAAUAACCCACCAUUUUUUCACAGUGAAUACUUAAAAAAAAAAAAGCUGGGAUAUUUUCAACCCAGCAUGAACCCAACCAAUGGGUUAUAUUUUGACACAACAAUGGGUUAAAAUAACCCAGCUUUUUGGGUUAAAACAACCCAGCAAGGAUACUUUACAACCCAACGGUUGGGUUUGUCUCUUUUUGACCCAACCCUGGGUUGAAAAUAACCCAACAUUCUUCAGGUGUGCUUAUGACAACUCAAAGAGAUCACUUUGUGACUUGCCUGGUUAUUUGAGGAGUCUACCCCUUGCACAGAGUCUUUGGUUUUGGUGCUUGGAUAAAGGUGGAGAAAAACGAAGUAUUCUGAAGUGCUUGUUUUCCACUUUGACAUUUACACUGUUUCUGCUCCCUCGGUUCUGCUCUCGGCGGGGGUAUGCAAGGUUGUCGGGGGUGAUGACUUGAAUCUCGGCGCACAAAGGCGAGAUGCAAAAGGUUAUGUCUCCCCAUUCUUGGGCCCAGUGGGGACGGGGAACUCAAUAGUGCUGUGUUUUAUUCAAAGGGAUGUUGCCAAUAGCACAGCUAAUCGAUCCGAUGGAUUGAAGGCUCUAUGAGGGGGCUUCCGUGCCGAGUCCUUGGCUUUCGGUUUGGAGGGUCUUUAACAAAACCCUGCCUCUCUGUUAGAGCUUUUGGUAUUUACUCUACAGUGGAAAAACAAUUCUGUGGUAGGCGGCGCGGAGGGUAGCAAGAAAUGUGCGAGUGGGAGGAACACAGAGAGAAAGAGAGAGGAAGAGAAAUUAUACAUUAGAAGCAAAUGAAGGCCAAAGUAGCUCAGCAAAAUGAGUGUUUGAAGACAGAUUGUUCUUAAUUACCCCCUCAAUGUAAUCAUUUACUGGGAAUUAGCUCCCGGGGGAACAGGGAUGGUCAGGCCGAUAGAUCCUGCACAAGCAUCUCUCUCAGCAUCCUCCAUCUUAUGGUCCCUUCAUAAACGCUUCUUCCAUUUUAAAGACAUUUAUUUUGUGAUGUGAGAACCGCUGUAGAACCAACAGCAAACAUGUCGAUCGAUGACAGUUAGGAUGUGAAUUCAGCUCGUAUGCAAUUACUGUAUGUAUCACCAAAAAUCCUGGGGUAAAUUCACUGAAGAGUUGUGCAGUAUAUCAGCAUGAAAACUUUUUAUUUAUAUACUAGAAACAAACCAAUGCAAUCACUUGUAGCUGUUAACUGAUUCAUAGUAGUAUGCAGUACUGUACAAUGAAUAUUUAUUUUAAGACAUUAUAGUCAAACAUACAGCCGGUUCAUUUGUCCUUCACGACCAGCACAAAAUAGAAGGAAAUGCCUUUAGCAUUGUGUUUUGUUUUUGGGCAUGUUUGCACCAUUAUCUGUUUUGCAUAAUUUAGUAAUUCACUUGAUCAAACUAUCAGAACAGCAAGUGCAAAUAAAUUACACUGUCAUUGGGCACAAUUCAUUCUUAGUGAAUCCCCCCUGUAUUUUUCCCCCCCUGUAUAAAAUAAAAUAAUAAAGGUGUUGAUGCCAUUGAAGAAUAAUUACUUUGAAGAAUAACAUUUUUGUUGCACUUUACCUUCUCUGUUCGGUUGUUAAGUGGUGACAUAAGGAAUACCGUUUUCGGGUCCAAGCAUCUAUUCAUUUCAAGCAGGGCUACAGCUUAAACAGCUGUUAAUGAGCACUGUUUACUCACAUCGCAGAUUUAAGCGGAGCAUUUAUUAACUCACAGUAUACACUACAGUCUCCAGGCUUACUGAAUCUCCGACAUCAAUAUUUGAAUAAAUUGAUUGAUGAAAAAUGAAUCACUGACUGGCCAUGUGGGAUUUCAUUACGAAGAUAAUGGAUAAUACUAUAAUAAUAGUUUUACAGGUCGCCAUGAGCGUAUAUUUGCCUUUUUUUUGUUGUUUGCCUAUAGCAUCUUAUUGAGCGUUUGGACCCGGAAACAGUAUAUGACCCUCCAUAUAUGGUGGUGUGUCACGCUGGUUGUUUUUUCCAGACUAAACAACCGCAUAGUCAAAAAUUGGAUCUACUAUGAAAAAGUAAGAAAGAACUUUCGAAGAAGCGUUGACUAAAAGGUUGUCUGCAAAACCAAAAAUGGUUCUUCUAUGGCAUCACUGUGAAGAACCAUUUGUAGCACCUUUAUUUUUAAGAAUGUACAUCAGUUAAAGGGAUAGUUCACCUUCAAAAUAAAAAUUCUGUCAUUAUUUACAUGCCCUCGCCA